AUGUUUUCGUUUGAGGAAUAUCUGUCUCCUGCAACAACCACGGUUUUAAGCGCGGAAUCCCAUUGGAUUUCAUCGACGGUGUUUGCUCUUCUGGGUGCAACCGCGGCUUUGCAUAUACCAGCUCCGACUGCUACCCCAUUCUUGAUUGACGAUGGCGCAAAGGAUAUGAUCAUUAUCGCCAGGAGCGAAACAGCUAUUCAAGAGGCUGUGCCACAAUCGACAACGCUGAAGGAUUCCGUCAGCGCUUCCAAAGGCAGCACCAGUAACAAUGUAAAGACGGAAAACGCGAUCUCCACGACAAAGAAUGGUGCUGCUGCCGAGUCUACAAAUACUGCCACCCUGACAAAUGCCCCGACCUCAUCCCAAAGCAACAAAGGCAAGCCGCCAGCAACAUCGAUUGCCUCAUCGGUGAGCAAUAGCCAUGAGAGUGGAGGCGGGAAAGGACAACAGCUUGAGACCAGCAUAUCGCGGAGUAUUGCUGGUCCCAUUUCCCCAACAGUCAGUGGCAGCAUCAGCAGCCCCACAGGACAUUGGAUUCCCGUCUCGAUACCCACCGCUCUCGCUUCAGGAGCUGGUCUUUACGAGAAGCACAGCAAGAUCUAUGAUGACGGUUAUCGGCAAGGCUACCACGACGGUUGUUAUGACCAUGCAUAUGCCACACAUCCGGCGACUCUGGGCGGCGAAUACUAUACCGGGUACAAAAAGGGCCGCGAUUCCGGUAUAAGGGAUUGCCGACCACUGAAUGGGAACGAUCAAGACGGUUCUGGAUGGUCGGGCGAUGUGCUUCUCCCGUCGCUAGGCUCGGAAAUCACACUAGCACUGUGGCUCCUAGUGAUGCCAUGCGUUUUGGCUUUCAUGUUGCAUAUGCUCUAA